AUGCUUAAACGACAUCAGCAGCUACUUUUUCGUCUGAUCCGGCAAUCUGUUCUUCAUCAAUCAUCUCCAACAUCUUCUUCAGCUUCAUCUACUUUAUUGAACAGUGAAAACGGGGAGAAGUUUGUGAAAACUGUCGUGGAUCGUUUGGCACAAUGCCAAGCAGGAAAUGCUACUGCUGCCCCUGAGCAAAUCAGUUACUGGGAGUCAAUUUCUAAACAAUCUGCAAAAGUUUCGGAUGGACGCUCUGAACUUUCUCAGCUACGAACUAUAAUCAAUGAUCCCAAGGAAACAGAAGAAAUGAGAAAGUUGGCAGAAGUUGAUGUAGAAUCAAUUGAGGAGAAUUUAGAGACGGAAUUACAAGAAUUAGCGGUUAAAAUCGUUCCUCUAAAUAAUCUAGAUGUAUUAUCAAAAUGUCAAAUUGAAUUGAGUUGUGGAGCUGGUGGACAAGAAGCUAUGCUAUUCACAGGAGAACUUUUAGAUAUGUAUCAAAAGUUGGCAGCUGUUAAUUCCUGGAAAUGGGAUCCUUUGCAGGUAGACAACGUUCCACUUGGAGGAGUUCGAAGUGCUCUCAUCGCAGUGUCUGGGGAGAAAGUCUACGCAAAAAUGCGCUUCGAAGCAGGCGUUCAUCGAGUUCAGCGAGUUCCUGUCAACGAUUCUCGAAUGCAUACAAGCACGGCGAGUAUCUCGGUGCUCCCCGAGCCAGAAGAGGUUUCUGUGGUGGUUCCAAGUGAUUCGGUGAAGAUUGAAGCAAUGCGAGCGUCUGGACCUGGCGGUCAGAAUGUGAAUAAGCGAUCGACAGCCGUACGGAUGACACAUAAAGAGACGGGAAUUGCUGUGCAUUGUAUGGAUGAGAGAUUUCAACAUUUAAAUAUUCAGAUUGCCUAUAAACGUCUCGCAGCCAUUUUGAUGCAAAAACAAGUUGAUGCCAUGCUGGAAAAGAUCGUUUCAAAACGAAAACUUCAAGUUGGAUCCAAAGCUCGCGCUGAAAAAAUUCGAACGUACAAUUUCCAACACGACAGAGUCACUGAUCAUCGGAUUCAAAUGUCUAUCACAGGAGUUGCAGAGUUCUUAUCAGCUGGAGAGACACUUCAAACAAUGAUUGAAAGACUUCAGGAACAACAUUUAGAAGAUAGAUUAGAUCAUAUUAUUGAGAAUUGUAUUGUUGAGUAGUUAAUUUUAGAUUGUUUUUUGUUUUGUUUUUUAGUUGUUACUUAAUAAUUAAAUUUUAUACUUUUAUAAAGUUCCAAAAUGAAUAAAGAAAACAGUUCAUAAA